CAAAAAUGUUGACCUCUCGAACGCUUGCUCGUGGUGCGCGGGUCGCAGCGCAAAGCACUCAGGCUUUCCGUGGGUACGCUUCGGCGUCGCCCACCGCUGCUUUUGCUGGCCAGAAGGGAAGCAACGGCAAAUACACUGUUACACUCAUUCCUGGUGACGGAAUUGGCCCGGAAAUCAGCCAGGCUGUCAAGGAAAUCUACAGCGCGGCCAGCGUGCCCAUUGAGUGGGAGGAAGUCAGCGUUGCACCCAUCCUGAAAGGAGGAAAGACCGUCAUUCCUGACGUAGCAAUCAACUCGGUCAAGAAGAACACUGUUGCGCUGAAGGGCCCUCUGGCAACUCCGAUUGGCAAGGGUCAUGUAUCGCUGAACCUGACUCUCCGGAGAACCUUCAACUUGUUCGCCAACGUCCGUCCUUGCGUCUCCAUCCAAGGCUUCAAGACACCCUAUGAUGAUGUUAACACUGUUCUCAUCCGUGAGAACACAGAGGGAGAGUACUCCGGCAUUGAGCACGAAGUGGUUGACGGCGUCGUACAGUCCAUUAAACUUAUUACCUGGGACGCCUCUGAGCGCGUUGCCCGCUACGCGUUCCAGUACGCGAAGAGCAGCGGACGGGCGCGUGUAACGGCUGUACACAAGGCCAACAUCAUGAAAAUGUCUGAUGGCAUGUUCUUGUCUGCCUGCCGGCAAGUCGCCAAGGAGUUCCCGGACGUCAGCUAUGAUGAAGACUUGCUGGACCGUGUCUGCCUACAGAUUGUCCAAAAUCCGAAGCCAUACGCUGACCGUGUUAUGGUGAUGCCCAACCUUUACGGUGAUAUCCUGUCCGACAUGUGCGCCGGUCUGAUUGGUGGACUGGGUCUGACGCCGUCUGGUAACAUUGGACGUGACGCAUCGAUCUUCGAGGCGGUUCAUGGUUCUGCUCCGGACAUCGCUGGCAAGGGUUUGGCGAACCCCACCGCGCUUCUUUUGUCGUCACUCAUGAUGCUGCGGCACAUGAAGCUGGACAAUUAUGCCACGAAGAUCGAGAAGGCGGCCCUAUCCACUAUCGCCGAGGGAAAGACGAUCACAGGCGACCUUGGCGGGAAGGCGUCGACCCAGGAAUACACUGCCGCCAUCAUUGAGAGGCUUGCGAAGGCAUGAGAGCUAUGGAUAGAUUACACCGUAGAUCAGGACAGUAUUCUCAAUAGUACUGCAGGCUAAUUCCGCGUCGUACCCUGGCGAAUUCUCAUCACAAUGCUAGAUUGA